GAGGGUAGCGGUCGUCACCGCCCCGCCGCCGCAGCCUGCGACACCGGCACCGGCUCAACCUUCAGCCGGACUAGAGGCCGUCGUAGCGACCUUAGUCGCCAAGAUGGACAGCCUCCAGGCCAGCCACCGAGGCCUCGAGGCCAGCAACCGGCGCCUACAAGACGCGCUCCGACGGGAUCGUGGCCGGAGCCAAUCCCGCCGACGACGGGCGCCUAGCUCGUCACGGCCGCCGACACCAGCGCGCUCUCCGACGCCGACGAACGAAGACGACCUCUGCUGGUGCCAUCAGCGGUUCGGCAGCAGGGCACGCCGCUGCGAAUCGCCAUGCAGUUGGGCGGAAAACUAGGCGGCCCCGCGCUCUUGGCGCAAUGCGCGGGCGCACUUCCCACCGCCGCGCCGCUCCUCUUCGUGCGGGACACGAAGACCAAUCAUCAAUUUCUGAUUGACACCGGAGCGCAGGUCAGCGUGCUGCCACGCCGCUGCCUACCCAAGAAGUCCACGCUGACCCCUGCUCCUGCCGUCCCGAUCACCACGAUCGGAUGACUGUAAACUGGGACGACCGUCUCCCCACAGUUUACACUGGUGACCCCGACGUGAUCCGGGCUACUCGUGGACCACACCAUGGAGUCGAGCGAAGCCACCCGGCAGCACACCGCCCCUCCCGCAACCAGCUUCAGCUCGCCGGCACCCGAACCCGAAGCAGCAGGUCGGCUCACAGCCCUGCUAGCCACCAUCGCGACCCUCAUCGUCCGAGUACAGCAAAUGGAGGCCACCCAGCGUCGACUCAAAGGCGCAGCAGCGCAACUUGGCCGAAGCCAGCAUCAACGACGCCAUGAAAACCGCCCUCUAAAGCCAGCGCAUCCGUCAACCUACGAGAUCUGCUGGUACCACCAGCGCUUCGGUGCCAGAGCGCGUCGCUGCAAAGCGCCGUGCAGUUUCUCCCACCGCAACAAAGGUCGACAUCGCAGCCGUCAGACGCCUCGCCCGUCACGCCCUCCGACGCCGACGUACCCAGACAGCUCUGUCUGCUGGUACCACCAGCGUUUCGGCAACAAGGCCCGCCGCUGCGAGCCUCCGUGCAGCCGGUCAAAAGCAUCUGCCGCCGCAACACUUCUCUUCGUGCGGAACACGAAGACUGCCAAGCAGCACCAGAUCGACGCUGACGCCUCACUCAGCGCAUCUCCUCGUGGCAACCUACCGAAGCGACCGACGCCGACGCCAGCUCCACCCAACAAGCAACCGGUAGCCGCCAGCGCGCCAACCAGCAACAUCGACCACUGCGAGCCUGCGUCUCCGGAAGAGACGCCACACCAGCCUACGCAGCAGUCUCCUGCCUCUGCGACUCUGCCACCACUAGCUGCCAAGUCGGACAGCAUGGAGCUGCUGCCGCAAGACACGCCGCCUGCAGAACGCCCAUCUCCAAGGGCAGCAACACCGGAACCAGCUCCGCUGCGAUCCAUCCUGCGCUCGCGCCCCGAUCGCGAAGUACGGCCUCCAGACCGAUCUCGACGCGUCACGUUCACUCGCGACCCGUCUAGGGAGGGGGUAGUGUAGGAGUUCCAUACACUCGCGCACACCUGCUGCGCAUGUAUCGCCGUGUCGGUGUGCCACUGCCAAUGUACAUAUCCGCGCACACACACUGCGCAUGUGACAUGGUGCAAGACAAACCGUCUGGCCCGUAGUGAUUGGCGCAUGCGCAUAGUUUGCUAUACUGUCUAUCGUCCGCGUUUUAUGUACAUUAGUAAAUUCUGACAUUUUGUAAAUACACUUCUCUACU